AUGGAUAUCGAGGCCCUCAUACAGCAAUUGACCCUCGAAGAAAAGGUCCAGCUCACUGCUGGAGUCGGAUGGUGGCACACAGCAUCAAUUGAACGCCUCUCAAUCCCCCCAAUCCGCCUCUCAGACGGCCCCAACGGCGUGCGAGGAACUCACUUCUUCGACAGCACCCCAUCAUCAUGUCUUCCCUGCGGUACCGCCCUCGGCGCAACAUGGAACACUGAUCUCAUCCACCGGCUUGGACAGUUACUCUCUGACGAAGCCCACGCCAAAGGUGCUCAUGUUCUUCUUGGGCCUACGGUCAAUAUUCAGAGGGGACCAUUAGGCGGAAGAGGUUUUGAGUCGUUUUCCGAAGAUCCUGUUCUUUCGGGGAUCUUAGCGGGGCAUUAUGUACGUGGUGUGCAGAAGAAUGGCGUUUCUGCUACUAUGAAGCAUUUUGCUUGUAAUGAUAUGGAGAGUGCGAGGAUGGCUGUUGACGUGCAGGUUACGGAGCGCGCGUUGAGAGAGGUGUAUCUUCUUCCGUUUAUGAUUGCGGUUGAGAUGGUGAGUCCGAGGGUGUUCAUGACGGCUUAUAACAAGGUCAACGGAACCCACGCGCCAGACAAUCAUCAUUUGUUGCAGGAUAUUCUUCGCGAUGAGUGGAAGUGGGAUGGAUUAGUUGUGAGCGACUGGUUCGGUACCUACAGUACGACGGAGGCCAUCAAUGCAGGGCAAGAUCUCGAAAUGCCAGGUCCGACAAGAUGGCGUGGUGAGACAUUAGUUCACGCUGUUACCUCAAACAAGGUUAAGCGAUCGACGUUGGAUGAGCGUGUGAGGAAUGUCUUGAAGUUGGUCAAGCAUUCUAUCGAAAACACGAGCAUACCUCCCAAUGCGCCGGAGACUCAGCUUCAAAGUCAGAAAAAUACCAGCCUAUUGCGCGAAGCCGCUGCUGAGUCAGUUGUACUUCUCAAGAAUGACAAGGGAGUUUUACCUCUGGACCCUGCGAAGAAAGUUGCAGUCAUUGGCCCUAAUGCCGACAUCAGUACUUAUUGCGGUGGUGGAAGUGCGAGCCUUCGAGCGUACCAUACUGUCUCCCCACUGGAAGGCAUCAAGGGCAUUGCGAAGGAUGUUUCUUUCACCAAGGGUCUCUAUGGUCAUAGAUCGCUGCCUCAAAUAGGCAAGUUGUUGAAGACAGUUGACGAUCAGCGCCAAGGAUUCACAUUGCGCAUCUACAACGACCCGCCUCCAUCAUCAGGGCCGGAUACACGCAAGGUACUCGAGACGAGGAUUCUUGACGACUCGAAUAUCUGGUUUGUGGACUACGAGCAUCCAGCGCUUGAGCAGAUCUGGUACGCUGAGAUGGAGGGGAUCUUGACUCCAGAAAAGACAGGAGAAUGGGACUUUGGUCUCUGCGUUCAUGGUACCGGCGAACUCUUCAUUGAUGGCGAGUUGGUAGUCUCUAAUGUCACCGAUCAAAAGCCAGGCAGUUCAUUCCUGGGCUGUGGUACCGUCGAAAAGACAGGAAGUAAACUUCUUAACGGUGGUAAGAGCUACAACGUCGUCGUGCGCUGGGGCUGCGAUAAAACCUCUGAUCUCAAGGUCUCUGGCGUCGUUGACUUUGGCCAAGGCGGUAUGCGCCUUGGUGGGUGUCCCAAACUUGAGCCGCGACAGGCACUCCAAGACGCUGUGGAGUUGGCCAAAAGCGUUGAUCAAGUCGUUCUUUGCGUUGGGACGAGUGGAGAAUGGGAGAGUGAAGGUCAAGAUCGCGGAAACAUGUCGCUUCCUCCUGGCAGCGACGAUCUGAUCUCCGCAGUUCUACAAGCGAAUCCCAACACGGUGGUGUUGAUACAAAGUGGCACGCCUGUUUCGAUGCCGUGGGUCGAUCAGGCUAGUACCAUUGCGCAAGCGUGGUUCGGUGGUAAUGAGGCUGGUAAUGGUAUUGCCGAUGUGCUCUUCGGUGCCGUUAACCCUUCUGGCAAACUGCCAAUUACGAUGCCCCGACGCGUGUCAGAUAACCCCAGUGCCUUGAACUUCCGGUCAGAAGGAGGACGCGUCCUGUACAACGAAGACGUGCAUGUCGGCUAUCGCUGGUACGACACGCUUGACAUUGAACCCUUGUUCCCAUUCGGGCACGGGUUGUCGUAUACUACCUUUGAGCUGUCUGACUUGCAUGUUGAAGAGCACGUAGUCUCUGACAGCAAGAAAUUGACAGUGAGUCUGAGCGUGUCAAACACUGGCUCGCGAAGGGGCGCUGCGGUUGUACAAGUCUACGUCAAGCCACCCCAUCCAACACCUUUUACUGCUUCUGCUCUUGACACGAUCACAAGAUCUAGCAAAGAGCUUAAGGGCUUUGCCAAGAUACAUCUUGAAGUUGGAGAAAAAGGCGUUGCAGAGAUUGAGGUAGAUGUGCUGCGUGCGACGAGUUAUUGGAGUGAGAGGGAGGAUUAUUGGUGUAGUGACGUCGGAGAGUACACGUUACUAGUGGACCCCAGCACAUCUUUGCUAUCGACCGACAACGAAGCAGAUGAGUCUAUCACAGCUCGCGGAGAAAAGACAAGACAGUUGAGCACAAGGGCAUGUGAUGCGUGUCGUGCUCGGCGGAGGAAGACGACUCAAACGCCUGCGGUCAUUUCUCCAGAACUACACGUCGAGAGCCCAAUCCACUACGAGGAAGAAGAAACAGUACAUACAGAAGUCCCUACGCCUCUCGCGGAUUCUCAUCUGACUCUGGCAUUUGAAUCAUCGCCCAAUGCACCAUCCCUAAGCCGUCCACCCAUUCAUAGUCAUGUCGCGCACUUCGAACCGUCUCAAAAUGUCGAGUUAUUCGAGCAUCAGUUCCAAACCGAUGAGAUCUGUCCUCGGACUUUGUUCAUGACCAUCAUGAAUGACUACAUUGACCAUAUAUACCCACUCGUUCCCGUUGUUCACCUUCCCACGUUCCGCGCCGACUUGGCGACGAAUAAGGAUGUUACGGACCUCGAUACUCUACUGCUGCUCGUAUCAAUAGCUUCGUUGACUGUGGGCUUGCUGCCAUCAAAGUUUGAUAGUUAUCAUGCCCUGGCAGCUCGAUUUGGUACUCGCACGGCCAUGAUUAGUCACUGCUCUCAGAUGUGCAUCCGUCUUCGGCCCGCAGAUUACUGGGAUCAUAUCAGCCAUCGGAAGUGGGCUACGGCGUAUAGCCUCUCGAUCGGAGCCUUUCAAGUUGGGCAGAUCAACCAAAGUCGUAUGUUUGAAGCAGAGUCAAUGCAGCUCGCGCGACUAUUGGGUAUGCAUAUUGUGUCGGAGUACGAGGGCUUGAAUCCCAUUGAGACUCAACUGCGAAAGAAGUCAUUCUGGCUACAGCUCUAUACUUUCGCAUGCAAUUACUUGACAUAUCUAGACAACUACACCAUUCGCGAUGUCAAUUUUGCUGCAUUGGAGCCUCUCAACAUCGUCGACGAGAACAUAACAGAGACAGGAAUCGUCGGCCAGCUUCCUUCAACACCAUCCGUGGGGCUACCAAACAACACUGACUCAGCAGACGAUGCGCCAUUUCACUCCACUACCGUCUUCAUCAUGGCAUCUCGCGCAUUUCUCUUGGGUAUGCGAGAGUCCAUGGUCAAUGACGGCUGCAACUGCGGGUUUGGCAGAUCACCAGAGGAGCGUCUGUCAAAGUUGAGAGACCUUCUUGAUCAAUUACGUUAUAUACUUGAUGGCUUGCCAACGCACAUGCGCCAAUGGGGCCCGGGUGAUAACUACCAGCCAUUUGGCGGUGGCGAGGGCCGUCAAGGUGCUUUUGCUGACGCAAACAUCGAGCAUUUGCAGAAUGAAAGUACUAGAGCCAAUCUACACGUCAGUCAUUUAUGGCUUCAGAACUUUCUUCUUGAUAAAAUGGUUGUUGCUUUGCAAGAGAUGAAGGACCGAGAGGGAGACGACUCAUACGUCACAACGCAGCUAAAGCAAAAUUGGAGGGACCGUGAAGACGUAGCCCGCCAAUUACUUCACAUUCUCCACAGCAUUCCUCAUGCGUACUUAGAGCCCAAUGGAUUAUAUCUCAUCUACAAAGUGCGCAGCAUUGCUAGUUCUUUACUGAAUUGCCCAUUUGAGAUGGAUAGGCAGCUCUCUCGCCGGGUAUCGGAGUACAUCCAGGAGUUUACAAAAGUGCUGUCAUACCUCGAUCGGAGCGAGAUUGUGAACACUGACGGCUUGAGGAGUUGGAUAGACGAGGUUUAUGGCUUUGAGGCUGAAGCCUCUUCUAAACCCCCAACCUUGAUGGAUACCCUUGCAUUUUACACCUCCUCAGCUCUUCAGUUCGAACAAAGCUACCCAAUCAAGCCUGCCAGAAUGAAACCCUUAAAUCUCCUCAUGGCCGUCAUCGGUCUAUCCAUCAACCCCGUCUCAUCCAUAUGCUUCAUGUCCGGCAUCAAAUUUGAGGACCGCCACCUUGCACGGCAGCACGUCGCCGAAGUUUGUGACAAAGAUUUGGGAGAUUUCUAUGCUCCUCUCCAAGUCAAAAAGAAGUGCAUUCAGCUCUCUCCCUCGCAGAAGGUUGAGUUCUCAGUUGAGAGCAAGGACUAUUUUGGAAGACUUCAACUUAUACAUCACUGGUGUACUGGGCCUCUUGACCGGAUAAUCGAACAGUGUUCUCGAGGUGGGGACUCAGAUACUGGCGUCUGGAUUUUCAGGUUGUCAGAUAUCCCCGAGGUCUCCGAAGUCUAG